GAAGCCUUCCCCCUCCCCCCAUCUGGUGGGCUUGUUUUCCACCACCACCACCACCAUAAGUUGGAGGGUGAGGGGGUCCUCCUCCUCCUCCUCCUCCUCCUCCUCCUCCUCCUCCUCCUCUUCGUCCUCCUCCUCCUCGUCCUCCACCUCCUUCCCCCCUCCAACUUCUGGUGGUGGUGGUGGUGGUGGAAAGAAAAGGCCCAUCGCUAUCCCCCUCGUGCGCGCCGCCGAGCCUCGCCGCCGCCCCCACGGCGGCGCAGGCCUCGGGCGAGCAGCCGCCGACGGAGACCCGCAGCCGAGACCUCGAGCACCCGCACCACCCUCACGGGCACCAGCGCCGCCACCACCACCACCGCCACCGUCUUCUGGGACCGCCUGCCUCCCAGCGACUUCCCGGAGAUCAUGUACCUGACGGUCCCGGAGAGCCAGACGGACAUCCGGCGGCUCGCGCAGAUGAAGGAGGAGGUCAUCAGGUAUCUCCCGGAGAACCGUUGGGGCGUGCGCAUCAUCCCUGGCGUGGUGCCCGAGCUGUGGCCCGAGGGCAGGUACGACAGGGUGUUCAAGUACGGCCAGAUGCUGCCCAAGAGGCGCUUUCCCCGCAAGGAGCGCCCCCUGGUCCUUGGGGGUGCCGAGGCGGGCAUGCGAGCGAAUUGCACGUGGGUCUAUAAGGACGAGGGCGGGCUGUACGACCACUUCUAUGACGCCGCCCCAGGGGCGCGCACGCUGGAGGCCUGCAAGGAGCACUGCUGCCACGAGGCGAGGUGCAAUGCUAUCCCCGGGCCCCGAGAGCGUGCGCCCACUCGGGCAUGCUCUUCGAGUCUCUUCUGGGGCCCGGGACCCCUCCGCUUCUCACCUUCGGCCGCCGACGGCCCGGAGCUGCAGUGCCUGCUAUACCCGAGGGGCGUCGCGGCCUGGAGCCUGGAGCGCCCGCUAUACGAGGACUACCGCGUCCACCUGCUGGACCACGCCGACCUCGCUCCCGAGGAGGAAGGUCGGGGGACGUCGACCGACCCCCGAGAAGGGGAGGAGGACGAGGGAGAGGAGCAGGACGGCGAGGAAGCCGAGAUGCCUUGGUGGGAAGUUCGGAACCUGAAUAUGGCCAGGGUCACCUCCGAGGGUAGGCACCCCCAAGACCACGAUGCGUGGCCCGCCCACCACUGCGGGUGCAGCCUGGGGCCCGCGGCCUUCUCGAUGUGGAUGGAGGCGCUGCAUCGCGGGGUCCAGAAUCUGAUCGUCUUCGAGAGCGACGGGUUCCCGUCCUGCGUGCAGAGCUGGCAUUCUUCUUCCUCCUGGCAUCGGCGGCAACGCCAGCGACUUCGCGGACCUCGUGGCUUCCCUGCCGUCGAGGGCCCCCGAGGGCUGGCACCUCAUCGCCCUGGACAAGGGCGAGUUCGGGGCCGAGCCCGGCGCGGCCCCGGUGGCCGUGGUGCGGCCGGCCAGCGCCGGCGGACGCCGGGCGUACCGCCUGCUCCCGUGGAAGGGCAGGGGGGUCGCUGGGGCCGCCGCCUACAUGGUCAGCAGGCGCUUCCUCGAGUGGUUCCCCCACGACAUCCAAGAGCACGGCUUCAACAUGGUGGACGCCUGGAUAGGGUGCCGCUGCAGCCGCGAGCCAAACAACCCCAGCCCGAUCAACUGCUACAGCUUUGUGGCCGAAGGCCACGAGGCCAAGCCCGAGUGAGCUCUCCAGCUGCUUUCUUUACCUGCUGUCUUUCGAUCAUUGGAGCGGGAUGGAGCGGGGCUCUCCACCAUCGCCCUUGCUGCCCAGCCACACCAAGUCAUGCCAAACAUCCACUGGGGCCCGAGGGGGCUGGUGCCUUGGCUCCGACGGCAAGCUCUUGCUCCCGCCGAUGCUGUUGCGCGAGCUCUUCAUCGAACGCUCAAUACCUCGCCGUCCUGCUCCCGCGGUGUAGUGUUCCCCGUUGCGAUCCCGAAGUGAAAGACCGUCUGUUUGCACUCUUCAUCUGGCGGCCAGUUCGGUAUGGGUUGGUAGCGGGGGUCUCCCGAAGCGGGGGGUGGUUUUCCCGUUCUUCCAGUCUGACUCUUCAUGUGUUGUUCGUGUGUGCGCUUGCUUAUUGAUGGCAUCGCCACAACUUUGUUUUUUAUUUUUGGGCAUGCAUGUUGUUAUGCCCAUUUUUGCUCAUUCCCUUGGCCGUCUUCAGCAACGCUGAUAUACCACAUCAGCCAUGGAGCCGUCGCCAGAUCGGGCUUUGGGCGGGAUCAACGUGCUCAUGAACGCAACGCCUGGCGCGCGGAGAAAA